UAAAAAACAAAAAACGUGUUAAAUAUAUGCAACUGGUUAAAUAUAUAUGCAAUGCAUAUGCAUAUGUUCAUGAUAAUAAUUGGGCCCUGCAGCCCCAAAUAGCAUCCCUCAUAAGGUGAGUUCGUGUGUCGCUGCCCCCCUGCUGAAGCUCGGAGCUCUUUGCGUUUCAAUUUCGUCAAACGCAAUUAUUGGAAAAGCCUCACACUGAAGUUUUAUAACCUACUGUUACACACAUUUCUUUCCCCCUUAUGGAACAUUGCUGUUCCAAUGGCUCGUGUCCGCUGCUGCCCGAUACUUUGCCUGCAGUGAGAGGGAGAGAAAAGGGGAAAGAGAGAGAGAGGCCAUUUAAUGGAGACGUUUGGGGUUGUGUGGUAAAUCUUGGUUUAAAAUAAUAGGGAAAACCACAGUCUAUUGUUUUGCCCUGCAGUGUUUUUAAAAGCACAGAUAGGCUCGCAUAAAACUUCAUGAAGUCAUGAAUCUGUCCUCAUCACCACAUUUAGAACCUCACUUACAAAUCCCGACAGGGCAAAAAUUUUGCCUACUAAUGGUCAUAAUUUAUGAUGUGUGGAUCAACAUGCGCUCAUUGGGCAACAGCUUCCUGAGUGCUUAACGAGCAUAAAGUCGAACACUUCCGGACAUUAAUUGGGCUAGCCAGCGAUGGUAAAGUGCUUAUAGAGGGCUUUACAUUGUUAGUAUGUGAAUUACUCCUUAUUAGUAAGGUUAGAAGCGGGGGAGAAGAAAAAAGCAUCAGGGGCAGACCAGACUUUCCCUGCCUCGCUGUGUUUUUAAUCAUGGCUGAUAAUGUAGAAAUGUUACAGGUCCCGUAGAGCUAAUUCUGAGUGAUGCUGUGUCUUCGGAUACUGAUGUAAAGGAAAGUAAAGCAGAAUGUAUAGGUUCAUGCACGCGGAUGGGCCCCGGUUGUGUUGCAGGGAAGGAGGCUUUUAAAAUUGGGCCUUCAGCAGAACAGCCAAUUAUAGUGCACAUUUAAAAGCGAUCCAACAUGAUACUUAGUAACUAUCCCGACAAGUGCAAUUAAAAUAAUAAUAGAAAUAAUAAGUAGACGCCGUGUUGCUCGUGAUCUAUUACCAUUAGUCUAUGCCCAUCAUUGCGCAUUCACCAUAGAUAACUACAAACUACAAAUCAAGAGCCUAUAGUAUUCAAUAAUUAAUUAUUAAUGCUAAUUAUUAAUAUCCACGGUUGGCAGCCUACAUUAGCAGGCAGGUCAUGUAUCAUUUUUGUCUGAGACAUUCUUCCUCCCCUCGUUCAACACCGGGUCUAAGAUCCUUUAAAGAAGCGUCGAAACGUGGACCAAACGGCUCCUUUCCUUUCUGCAUCAAAAGCCGUGGACGUGAUUUGCCUCACGGGCCGCAAUAAAACACUAAAACACGGGGGAUAGAAUGACCUUUCUAAUUCUGCACACUGACACAAGCUCUGCUGCAUUCCUGGCUCUGCAGUCCACACAUUGGCUAUAGUGUUCAGCCUUUAUUUACAACCUAAACUUUAUGGAGCGCCGUGUUUUCUUUUUUUUUUCGCGGGUGGCUGUGAAGAACAGUUAAGGACAUUUGUGUCUAAAACCCAAAUCAUUUAAAAAUAUUGACUUCAAAUUAAUAUUUUAACGGUUCCUUUAAAAAAAAGGAAAUAAUAACAACAGCAUGAUGACAAUAAUAUAAAUGUUAAUGAAACAAAGGCUGCACAUGCUGUUUCUGACAGUGAGGUAACUUGCACAUGCCCACAUUUCUCACAUUUUGGGCAUCGAGACCCCUUUUGUUCAAAUUUAAUUUAAUUGGGGUAUUAAUGUGGUCAAUAUACUAUAUUUUUUAGUAGUUUUAGUAAAACACAUACUUACAUAUAUCCACAGACACACACACACACACACACACACACACACACACACACACACACACACACACACACACACACACACACACACACACACACACACAUACACCCACACACACGUAUACUGAAUAGGAGCCCCCAGUAUUGUAUCCCUGCUACGUUCCUUCCCAUCAUACAACUAAUUCUUUACUUGAUAUUAAAGUGAAAAUGGGAGAAAAAUUCCAGGACAGAAAAAGCGGGUCACUGCAGCAUUUGACUUUUGCUGUUUUAUUCCUAAAAUUCUUGCCACGCGGAUCUCACAUAUGGCCACAAAUAAGGUGAAGGGGAACUUUUAUUGCACCAGCUACUUCCUUCUCUUUGUUCUUGUCUGUUUUAUGGGCUCUCCGGGACCCCAAACAACAGACCAAACAGUAUACCGCGUUGAAGAAAUCGAUGAAGUGGACCGAUAGGUUGUUGCGUUUCAACAGAAAUUUGCUAUUACUACAUUGAUUAUUGUCUUCGAUUACGGCCUGUUGUGAACAGCAAAUAUAAUGUGAAAUAUAUUGUUUCAAAUUAUUGUAUAUGUUUCUUUUUUUGUAUUCUUUAUGGCCGUUUAUGUUUUCCAUAAAAAAAUGCAGGCGUGCGUAAAACUGCGCUGCUAUCAGCUGUACGAAAAGUAAUUUAAUUGUAUUGAUUACAGAAAAGUGAGAGCAAGUAAAGUUGUUUUUCUUUUAUAUUCUUAAUGAGCUGCACGUAUUAAGCUUGAGAACAGCGCCUCAACACUUGCUACAUUUUUGCAGAACACCUCAAGUCAUUUCCAAACCCAUAAUUUGCUGCUGGGGUAAUGAUUGGUUCCCCUUCCCCGUGUGUGACGGAGGAAUGUCGAAGUGUGAUCAGGAGGGAAACGACCAACGUCAAUCUAAAAGCAUACUAUUUGUUGUGAUUUAACGAGAUUGUACCUGAGUGGCUCAACAGGAAAACCGGGCACUGAUGGCCGGCGGAGUUUUUUUUUUCUUCUGUCUGACGUGCGCUGGUCAGUCGCAUAACUGAUUAGAUGUUCAUAGAGUGGCCAUGGACGCGCUUCUAUGGUAGCCAGUUGGGUCAAUGCGCGCUGUUAUCCCUUUGCUUUAUUCCUCCACGUGCUGGGCAGUGCUUUGUUUUCGGAGCCGGGGAGAUUGCUCCUCGCGUUGCAAGGCUUUGCUGCAGAGAUAGUUGUUGGUGUGCUGGGGAACGUCAAAUGUUUUUAUUGCCCUCACAGAAGAGAGACCAUAAACGCAUUCUUACCACCUACACCCUCCCCCAGUUCAUUGCAAAAAGCCUUCAAAUUGCUCAGAUGCUAAUUCCUACACAAUGGAAACAUUAACAGUAUGCUGGAAGCGGUCGAUAUGGCUGAGACUAACAAAAAGAAAUGCAAAUAUUAAUUUAGUCCUGAUUCAAAGGUGCCGAGCAAUCCACCGACCCAGUGGUGUUUUGAUUAUAAAACUGUGUUUUUGGGGGGAAAAGACACACGCAUACAAAAUCCUCACCCUCAAACUGACAGAAAAUGUAUUUUCUUUCUCUUUCGCUCAAUUGGUUUGAUGAUUCCACGCACUCUCUACCGCCUCUGUAUUUGUUGUAUGUAUUUUUAAUGCAAAUGUUUCGGCUUGGUUUGAAUGUGAUCACUGUACCGAGUGACAUUGCCCACGUCUCAUAUCAUACUUCACUCCCAAACCCCACAUGCUGUGAAACUAAAGUAAAACAUGUCUCAUCCAGCCAGGCUUAUAGUGCGCCUCUCCAACUCUCAUGGUGUGUUUAUCGGCAUUUAGCAGUAAUGUCCAAGCGCUGAGCUAAAAGCUACAGUUUCUCCUCAACUCCUGCCUUUCGAUUGGCGGAGAAUGGUCAGCUGACGUUGUCAUAUUGUCUCUCACCGAGCCAAGCCUCGGCUAUAACACUCGGGUUUGUGCGUCUUAACCGGAGAUUGGAAAUUAAUAAUAUCGAACCCUCAAAGUAGCCCACGUCCAGUUGGAGAAGCAAGAAAGUCGAGGGAAAAAAAGAAGACCUUGGAGAAAGGUGUGGUUGGUUGACACAGACGCGGAGGAGAUUUACUGAGAACGAGAUUGAAGAGCGACCGAUAAAGAAGUGGGGAGAGUUGGAGAGAGGGUUACAAGGCAAGGUAUGAAUUCGUAUUUCGCAAACCCGUCGCUCUCCUGCCAUUUGUCCGGUGGUCAAGACGUUUUGCCCAACGUACCCCUAAACUCCACCACCUAUGACACAGUCAGACAUUUUUCGUCGUACGGCGCUGCCGUGACCCAGAAUCGGAUAUAUGCACCGUUCUACUCUCCCCAAGACAAUGUCGUGUUUGGGUCUGGCAGGGCACAGUACGAAUACGGAUCAAACGUGUUUCUUCAAGACAAGGACGUGCUCCCCAGCUGCAGACAAACAAACAUGGGACUCAGUACACAAAGCCACAUUGCUCAAGAGUACAGUUUGGACCAAGGAAGAGCAGGAGCGCAGGAUCAGAAAACCAACAUCCCGAUUUACCCGUGGAUGCAGCGAAUGAACUCACACAGCGCAGGAGUGGGCUACGGGACAGACAGACGCAGAGGACGUCAAAUAUACUCUCGCUACCAAACACUUGAGCUGGAGAAGGAGUUUCAUUUCAACCGCUACCUGACCCGGCGCAGACGCAUCGAAAUCGCAAACGCGCUUUGUUUGACGGAGCGCCAGAUCAAAAUCUGGUUUCAGAACCGACGUAUGAAAUGGAAGAAAGAGAGCAACCUGACCUCCACGGUGACUGGAAGUGAACAGACAGGAGCCUCGCCGGAGGAGGAAAGCAAUGGCGCAAUUGAAGAACAGAAAGAGGAGGACAAGAAAAAAGAAUAGCGUAAAAAGAAAAAAACCCAAAGGGGAGAAGACCUGAUGACCAUUUAAACCCAACAUAACUACCUAAAAAAUCUGUAUGGAUUUAAGAGCGACUUCACUGCAUGAUGACUACCGCAGCUCUCCCACUUAUAUCCCAUAUUGACGACAGGAGUGUUGAGCCUUAGAAAUCCAGAUUAUUUCAGACAGAGAUUGUCCCCCUGUGACUCUCGGGGUGCCGAUUCUGUUUUAUUGCAAUGUCACACUUGUAUUGUGAAAAUAAAAAUAAGUAUUCAUUUCUACGUGAUUUUUCAUGCCAGUAAAAUCUGUGUAUUUAUCCCCCCACACCCCAUCCAUCACUGUGAACUCUUUGAUCACCUCACCAAAUACAUUGUUGGUCAGACUUAACUCAAUGUUGUACAUGCACAUUCCACCGAGGAAACGGAAGGACGGGCGGGCACUGCAUUUCACCUCAGUAUUGUAGUAGGCCUAGUUGAAUCAUUUGCCAAAAAGUGUCCUGCACAAACAUGAAACUUGCACGGACUCAGACCACAGUCCACGCACCAACAGCUGUAAUGCCUGUAAAUAAGUAAAGUAACAAUAUGCUAUGUAAAUCCCGUAAGGACGUCUGCGCAUUUAGCCGCUUGGGUCGACACUGCAUAAAAUACAACUGCGCUUGGCCCCCCUUUUUGUUUAGCAUUUGACACCACGGGCUCUCACUGCUAAGCAGAUUUGUACACUAGUAAUUAUUCGCUUCUGUUUGGGAGUUACGAUUUCAUGUUUUGUCAUAAUUGUGUAUCAUGUAAUAAAGUGUUUGCAAAAAUCUCA